AUGGCGGCGGCGCGGGGACAAAAGGCGCUGGCGACGCUGGUGAGGUCGCUGCGGAGCGAUUCCAUCUCCAACUCCAAUGCUCCCAGGCUCAGGCACCUCCCGUCUCUCAGGAGGACCUUCUCGCUCUACGACCAGAUCAACCUCAUCGACAACGUCCCCGAAGACCAGCUCCGCUUCCAAACUUACGAUGACACUGGAUUCAAGAUUAACAAUGUAAAGUAUGAAGGGAGCUUGCUGAUAGUAGAAAACAAGAUACUGACCUGGACACCCAAAACAUUUGCGGAUAUAACUGCUGAAAGUUUAUCAAUCUUCAAAAUUGUGCACCCAAUCCCAGCCAGUCAGUCCUGA